AUGGCUUCUACCAAUGAUACUCCCGCUAAAAAGGUGCUUACAUUAGCCGAAUUUCGAAAACUAGCUGAAGACAAAGAUAAAUCUAUAUUGAUGAUUAAUAAUCACAUAUAUGAUGUUACAAGAUUCCUUGAAGAGCAUCCAGGUGGUGAAGAAGUGUUAAAAGAACAACAUGGUCGAGACGCAUCAAAUGCUUUUGAAGAUGUUGGUCAUAGUUCUGAUGCACGCGAACAAAUGAAAGCAUAUGAAAUAGCUCAAAUUGAUCCUGUUCGUUCUGUAAUGGUCGAUUCCAGUGGUAGUACAGGUGGUGUUCGUGAUGAUGCUGGUUUAUCGUGGACUAAAUGGAUUAUUCCUCUUGUGAUAGCAAUAGCAGCUGUAGUUCUUUUUAAAUUACUUACAAAACAUGAACCAGAUGUCAAUCAACCACCAACAGCUAUUUAG